ACUUAAUUUAGAAUCUAUGCUCUAUUGUAUUUAUAAUUUAAAAUUGUAAACAAUUGUUUGAAAGAAGUAAACAUUGCAACUGUUCCAUGUUAUUGUUUAUUGUACUGGUUUUUUGAGGAAUUAUGUUUCAAAAUUAGAUGAACAAAAAAAAAAAAAAAAAAAAAAAAAAAUGCAUAGCAAAAAACGUAGUUGUAUUGAAUAUAAUGAUAUCAAAACCAAUUUAGUGACUUCAGAUUGUGAAUUUAAAUGGACAAUUAGUAAUUUUAAAAAACUCUUGGGCACAAAAACAACGAUAAAAUCUGAAGAAUUUUCAUCGGGAAACAAUGAAUUUUCUGGAUGGUUUGCAUCAUUAAAAUUACAUAAUGAUGAAAAUGAAGAAAAUUUAUCAUCAUCAAGUACAGAAACAUAUAUUGCUAUUUAUGUAAAUUAUAACGUUAAAAAGGAAUCAUUUUUAAAAUUAAAUUUCGAUUUAUCAAUUUUAAAUGAUCAAAAUGAAAAAUGUCAUACAAUGUCAUUGAAAAAUAUUUCACCAGCAAAUAUUAAUUAUUUUGGUUUCAAUAAAUUUAUAACAUGGGAUGAAUUAAUUUAUCCAAACAGUAAAUUUUUGCAAAAUGAUGGUAUUGAAUUUUUCAUGAAAAUUUCUUUAACACAAUUUGAAAAUGAAGUGAAAAAAUGUGUGGAAAAAAAUUACAACAAUCAACAAAACAUUAAAAAUCAAUUAAAUCAAAGUCUUAUGUUUCAAAAUUCUGAUUUCAGUGAUUUGACUAUUGUUUUUGACGAUGUAAAUUUAUUGGUACAUAAAGCAAUAAUUGCCGAUAAAAGUGAAGUUUUAUAUAAAAAAAUUAAAAAAUUAAAAAACAAUGAACUUAGAUUGCCAAUACCAUUAUCAAUUGGUCAGGAAUUAAUUUCAUUUAUUUACACGGGACAAUGUUCUAAUUUACUUGAGAAUACUGAUGAAUUAUAUGAAACAGCGAUUAGAUUAAAAAUUCAUGAUCUAAGUGAUUUAAUUGAAUCAUUUUUGUUGAAUACAAUGAACAUUGAAAAUGCAUUAAGUCGUUUAGUUUGGGCUGAAGAGCGUCAAGUGAAAAAAUUAAAAGCGCAUGCUAUUAAUUUUAUAAAACGUAAUAUUCGACAAAUAAUUGUGACAAAUGAAUUUCAAAUUGUUUCACAAAAUCAUCAAAAUCUCACAAGAGAAUUAUUUCUUGCAACAGUUGAAAAUUAUGUUAAUGAUGUUGUAGAAAUUUAAUAGGUAGAGUUUAUAAAUUAUUUCAUUUCAUUAAAAACAGUUAAAUGUCUUAAAUAAAUAAUGUGGUAAAAUUACUUCUUUUUUUUAUCGUACACGCGCGCAAAAAUAUUAGGUAUAUAAUUAAAAAUUAAUUUUUGUAUGUAAAUAAUUUUUAAACUUUGAAAAAUAUUUUUAUAAAAUAAUAAUUAAAAAAGAAAAAAAAAUGUUUCACGAUAAACUUUGUAUGUAUAUAAAUAUGUAUUCUAUAUCCAAUAAAAUUAUGUUAAUAAAUUAAGUUGUUUGAAAAAAA